AUGGCGACCAUUCAACAAGACAAUGACAAUUCCGGGGACAAGCCAUCAAAGGGUGGAAAGAAGCACAAAAAAUCCAAGGCAAACAAGGGAAGGUGGACCAUACAUGGCAUAGGGGAGAACCCGACCCAACACGACACCGUUAAUCUCAGAGCUCCUGAGCAAGAACCGAAGGAUCCAAACAAGCCCUCGGGCCAAUCCCUUCCUGACGGCCCCGAUGAUUCAGACGAUGACAACUACCUCCCUCCCGACGACGUGGAAGAUAGCUUGGAGGCCAAGGACUUCAUGGUUCCCGAUGACCCUGAAGAAUCACUAUUGAUAUUUUAUGUUCCGGUUCUAAUUUUAUUAUUAUUCGGGUUAGUUUACUGCUGGAUGAGGAAACUUCUUGCGCUCGCAGACUACGCUUUUCUACUUACGCCAGAUUUUAUUGAAGUUGGAUAUUACUAUUUCUUUUCAAGUCAGGUUCGUAGAAGUAUAGUUUAUGGAGAACAACUGAUAAACAUGUUGGAUUUGUAUAUAACCAAAGAUAAUAUACGACCCUGUUCAGUGGUGGCCUUUGUAACUGGCGGCGCGUGGAUUAGUGGUUACAAGGCAUGGGGUGCCCUUCUUGGUAGGCGAUUGGCUGAGAGAGGAAUCAUAGUUGCUUGCAUUGAUUACAUAAAUUAUCCAGAAGGAACAAUAAGUGACAUGGUUAGCGAUGCUUCUGAGGGGAUCUCAUUUGUGUGUAACAACAUUGCUAGUUCUGGAGGUGAUCCUAACGAGAUCUACUUGAUGGGUCAGUUAGCAAGAGCACAUAUUUCAGCAUGUGUCCUAAUGGAACAUGCAGCUAUGAUGACAUUUUAG